AUGUGUGAUUAUAAUCAGAUUCAAUUUUCUAAGUGUGGACACUCCUACUCUGAGGCAGCACGCUGGUGUAGUGGAUAUUGGAGGCAAGGAUUUUGUCAUGAGAAACAGAUAGUUGCGAACGGCACAAAUGAUAAAUACUGCUGCACGUUUGACUUCGUAGUACUCGCCUAUAAAAAUGCUUCAACAUCCUCGACUGCUGCGUCGAUGAAAAUUCGACCCUACCACGCAUUCCUUUCUAUCAUGCCGAUUAGCAUUAACGAAUCAGACCUAAGGGAAUGGGGCCUAACGGCUACCAUGCAUCCCAAGGAUGGGACAUUCACGGAUAAGCUCUAUUGUGAAAAGAUGAAUUUCUACUUCAAUAUCCCCGAGGAGAUACUCAACUCUGCUAUGAUCAACGUCCUGCACUCAAGUCCAAACAAAGCGGUCUGCGUCGAUGCCGCGCAAGCAGCUGCAGAUUCUUUGGAGCCCUGCAAAGCCAUUCCCCCCGUCCAGAGGAUGGAAUGGAUCACUUCAUUCCUCUGUGUUGUAGAUCUCUUACUUGCAGAGCCGAGGGAGGACGCCGCUACGAGAAGAUACAUAUGCCGGAUGGUUUCUCGAUUUCCAAACCUUUGGUUCCCUAAAGAUGGCGAGAGAGACACAAUGGCAGAGUGUUUGGCGUCUCUUCUCCUGGACUCAAGACGAUUCGCCUUCUUGGACCCCAAUAAUGAUGUAUUGGUUGCAGAUCUGAAUUUCGGCAGCUUCAAACCAGACUUGUAUUGGGUCGUGUCUUAUGUAGCAAUGCACCUAUGUAUCCACCGCAAUAAUCGGGCUAGAAGAUUUACCUUGGCGGGUUUGUUUGACUAG